AUGGGAGCCCAAAUCCAGGGAAGGCCAAAUCCUGGGGGCACACAAGCAGUCCUGUGGGUCGGAGACGAGGUGGGCGGAGUGGCCUCCCGUGGACGAAUCAGAUUGUUCCCCAUAGUCGGCUUCAAGAGGUGCUCAGGGGUUCGGGUCCCAGACACGCAGGCGGCAGCGGCGGCAGCAGGAGCUGUGGGAAGACCGGAGCUCAGAGCCAUGGAAGACCAGCGUGACCUGAUCUCCAACCACGAACAACUGCCUAUGCUGGGCCAGCGCCCCAGAGCCCCGGAGAGGUGCAGCCGUGGAGCCGUGUACACAGGCUUCUCUGUUCUGGUGGCCCUGCUCCUGGCUGGCCAGGCCACCACUGCCUACUUCCUGUACCAGCAGCAGGGCCGACUGGACAAGCUGACCGUCACCUCCCAGAACUUGCAGCUGGAGAACCUGCGCAUGAAGCUUCCCAAGCCUCCCAAGCCUCUGAUGAGCCAGAUGCGGAUGGCCACCCCCCUGCUGAUGCAGGCGCUGCCCAUGGGAGGACUGCCCCAGGGGCCCGUGCAGAACGCCACCAAGCAUGGCAACAUGACGCAGGACCACGUGAUGCAUCUGCUUCUGAAGGGCAACCCCCUGAAGGUGUUCCCGCAGAUGAAGGGGAGCCUCCCAGAGAACUUGAGGCACCUCAAGGACACCAUGAACCCCCUGGAAUGGAAGGUCUUUGAGAGCUGGAUGCACCACUGGCUCCUGUUUGAGAUGAGCAAGUACCCCUCAGAGGAGAAGCCCACCGAGGACCCACCCAAAGCACAGACCAAGUGCCAGGAGGAGGUCAGCCGUGUCCCGGCCGUGCACCCGGGCACGUUCAGUCCCAAGUGCGACGAGAACGGCAACUACAUGCCACUGCAGUGCUACGGCAGCACCGGCUACUGCUGGUGCGUCUUCCCCAACGGCACCGAGGUCCCCCAUACCAGGAGCCGCGGCCACCGCAACUGCAGCGAGUCCCUGGACCUGGAGGACCUGUCUUCUGGGCUGGACGUCACCAAGCAGGAAAUGGGCCAAGUCUUUGUGUGACGGCAGAGGGCCCAGCGCCGGCCCUGCACUUCACGGCUCUCCCGCUCUCCUCCACUCCGCUCCCACCGGCCCCUCCCCCGUGAGACCCCGGCACCGGCUCUCCAUCGUCCUUGGACCUGGCAAUCAGCAGCACAGACAACCACCAGCAGGGCCUCCCUGCCACCCCUUCUGGCCCAAGGAGGCGGCCCAAAGCAAGGCGGACCCCCAUUCCUGACAUCACGGCAGCCCCUGACGCGGGGCCCUGAAACCAGGCCCACGGGAGAGGUGGAAGGCACAGAAGGGACAGCCAGGCCCCAGCUGGGCACACUAGUUGGCCCCUCUCCUGUCUGUCUCUGAGCUGCCCUCUUCGCUCUCCCGGCGUCACCCCAAGGAAAGCUCACUCCCCUCCCCCUCCCCACCCCAGUUCCCCCUGCCCAGCCAAGCUUGGCAUCAGCUCCAGGGCCCAGCUCAUGGGAAUAAAAG